AUCCUGCCAGAAUGUUGCCCACCCACCCAAGACCCUGCCGGCCAAGGGGGGCACCAUGAAGACGUCAGCCUCCGUUCCUGUUAGGCUGCCGACAGGCAAGAAGCAGGCUGCAAAUAAGCCGCUGGUCGUGGAAGGCUCGAAAGAUCCCAAGCCGCCCACCAAAGGCCCCCAAGGGACGUCGCCCCCCACUCACAAUGAGGCCCCCUCGAAGAAGGACGUUGGCCGGCCCACAGAGCAUCCCAAUUUAGUUGGGAAGAAGCUGUGUUGGGUAGAGGACAAUGGGAAAAGGCCGGUGGCUUGCCAGCAAGGCAGUGCCAAGCAGAAGAGCAGCAGGUCUUUGGUGGGUCCAACCCAAGCUUCAGGGGGACACGGCCCCCAAACUCUGAGUGUCACCGAGAAGCAGUUGGCGAGACCUCCGCAUGCCACAAUGAGAGGAGCACGAAGCGGUCUCCUCCACGCGCCACACAUGAACGCCAAGGGAGACCAGCCAGGGGUGCCCACCAAGGCACUCUCUGGGGCUGCCAAGACGGGCCAUGCCGUAGGGUUGAAGAAGAGCAAGAAAUUGCAGCAUCAGACUUUGUUUUCCAAAGGUCGUGGUUGUUCGGUAGCACAUGGUGAUAUGGAGCACCAGAAGAGCUCCAUUCCUAAAACCAUCAAAGCAAAACUUUCCAAUCUGGUUGAUCUGGAGCUUGGGGACUUGAUAGAAAUCUUCCGCUUGGCCUACCAGCACUGGGCAAUCUACGUGGGGAAUGGCUACGUGAUCCAUCUUGCUCCACCAAGUGAACUGGCUGGAGCAGGUUGCGCCAGCCUUAUGUCCACCCUCACCAACAAGGCCUUGGUGAAGAAGGAACGGCUCUUGGAAGUGGUGGGCAAUGACCGAUACCGGGUCAACAACAAACACGAUUCCAAAUAUACCCCCUUGCCUGUUCAAAAGAUUAUCCAGCUGGCUGAAGAGAAGGUGGGGCAAGAACUGGAAUAUAAAAUCACCAGUGAGAACUGUGAACACUUUGUCACGGAGUUGCGCUAUGGUGUGGCCAGGAGCGAUCAAGUCCGGGACUUUUUUGUGGGGGCGACCAUCGCGGGCCUGGCUGGCUUGUUCGUUGGCGUCGGCACGGCCAUGGUCAGGAGAAAAAAGCAGCAGAACCAAUAAUGAGGAAAAAGCAGAUUCUCUCAGAGCUGUCCGUCUCGUUGGUGUUUGUGUGCCUUCAUGCGUGUGUUUGUGUGUGCUACGUUUCUACAAACUGGAUCAUCUCUUUGAGGAGAGAAAAAGUUAUUUGCAGCCAUUUCUCUAAAUCCAUCUCCUUGACGGCCAGGCGGGAGUUUAACGUCCAUAGCUUUGUUUGCGUCACAGACGGGUUGAGCAGCUCUUCCCUUAAUCCAGGGUGAAUGGAUUUUGCUUUCCUCCAGGAAAGGCUAACAUUAACCAACUUCGAUCAGAUUAAGGCUUGCAUUUGGCCUCCCUUUAUUCUGGGAUAAGCUUCAGACAGAUGGUGGAGUUGGUAGUGCAUUGAAGGUCAAGGAAUUAGGCAGAGCCGGGAUUAUAGCUAAAUCUGAUUUAAUAAUAAUAAUAAUAAUGUUGGAAGGGACCUUGGAGGCCAUCUACUCCAACCCCCUGCUCAGGCAGGAAACCCUAUCCCAUUUCAGACAAACGGCUGUCCAGUCUCUUCUUAAAAACUUCCAGGGUUGGAUUUAAUUUCAGUGGGCAAUACUGUAAUUUAUUUCCACCUAAUUAACACACCUGAUCGCCAAUAUAAUUUUGCUGUGUCUUUUAAAAAUACAGUUUAGCAUCAAAUUCCGGAGAAUUAAGGCUUUAGGAUUGGCUAGAAGUGGUCUUUUAGAUUUCAGGCUGUCCGCUCUGUAGAUACAGAUAGUCCUUGACUUACAACAGUUUAGUGCCCAGAAUUAUAACAGCAUUUGAAAAAAGUGACUUAGGACCGUUUUUUCACACAACCGUUGCAGCAUCCCCGUGGUCACGUGAUCAAAAUUCAGCUGUUUGUCAACUGACUCAUAUUUAUGACGGCUGCAGCGUCCCGGGCUCAGGUGAUCUCUUUUUUUGACCUUCUGACCAGCAAAGUCAACACAGGAAGCCAGAUUCACUUAACAUCUGUGUUACUAAUUCAACAACUGCAGUGAUUCACUUAACAGCUUUGGCAAAAUGGGGCAAAACUCACUUCACCGAUGUCUCACUGACCCAUGGAAAAUUGGGGCUCAGUUCUGUUUGUAAGUCGGGGACUAAGUGUACUGUAUAGAGAUGCUUUGAGACGUGAAUCUCCUCCAAAGUUAUUACAAAUUCAUUUCAAGCUGCAGAAGCUGCUAGCUAAUUUAAAAAUAUACACUGUAUAUCCUUGAAUUUCUGGUCAAGAGGCAAAGCUCUCGCGAUACGAAAUCUAUUGGGUCUGAAUUGAAGCCUAUCAAAUUUUCAUGGACUCCCUUCCAGGGUUUCACAGGACAUAGUUUGAAAAACCCUGCAUUGGGUUACAAUUUUCCUUCUUCAACAGAUUUUUUUUUUUUUGACAUGAGACUUGAAAAAAAGGGGUCACCUCUAUCUCCAGUGGAAGCUUUCUCCAUAACUGCAACUUCCACUGUGUGUAUGCAACUUUUAGCAGCGUACUUUUCCCCGUACUUUCCCCCCCCAACGCAUGUAGCAAACUAAGUCUGGUGGACGAUGCUUCUCGUGAGAUGAGUGGCUAAAUUAUUUUCCCACCAUGAUUAGUUGUUUAGCCCCGGAGAAUGCUUACUCAUGAUACUAACGCACACCUUUAAAAUAAAUUUAAAUAUGAAUUUAAUAAAUUAUAUCUAUUUUACAUGAAUUUAGUAAAUAAAUAAAGUUUGUUUGAGUUUUUCCCACCCCGGUGUGGCUGAAGUGAGAAUCCUUACGGAUAUAUAUCUAUCCCUCUCUGCUAUGCAUUUCAGACAAUUCCGUCGUUCCCUGCAAGGGCAACGGGAGGUAAAAUCUUGAACAAAUAACAUUUCAAAGUUAGUCGCUUUUUAUAUGCUAGCUAGAAAUGCAGGACCAGUGAUUAAAAAAUAUCCACGCCAACAGCAUAACAAGACAUCCUAUUUCCGCGCCAAAAAAAAAAAAAAAAUAGAUCUGCCUCUUUUGUGGUGAGGGGAAGGUUUUAUUUAUUUUUUCCUGAAAACAAACUGCUCUUUUAAAAUAUGUUUUAUACUUGACGUGAGGAAACACGCAAAUAAAAGCUUUGAGGUUUA